UCGUUGUCGAGACCGGCUAGAGGCCAUACUUAAGAAGCAGGCGAAUAAAGCUAAAGGUAAGAUACGAGCGUUAAAUCCCAGCGGGAUGGUAGCUAAUGAAUAGUAUUAGGUGGUCCAGUAAAAAACGGCGAAGAUUACAAGGGCCAUGUUUCCAAGUUGUUGGAUUCUGCCAGUUUCCCUAUCAUAUGGGAGCAUUGUAUCCUUCCAUUUCUCGUCGAGUUCAUUCCGAAAUGGUGCGGCCAUGGUCAUGUCAUUUCUGUAAUGCGUGGACGAAAGCCCAACUCCAGACGCAUAUGUAUUAUGACGAAGCAAAACGUCUCCAGAGCUCGAAGGCUAGUCAUUGCAGCUCAUGUACGGGACCUAUUACCCAAAAACCACCAUAAUUUGGUCGCCUUCGUAUUCUCCGUCGGAGAGGUAAAUCGGCUUGUAUGGUCACGAGGGCUAAGUAAAGAUAUGGCGGAUGAGGUUUGCCGUCCGCGUAAUCCUUUCUUUUAUACGAUUCCGUGUAUGGGGGAUAGCAUUGGAGCUACAUCCGAGGAUGGCGAUGAGGCUACUGCAACAUUAGGUCCCUGCAUGGCCAUCAACGGUGGGAAUUUUUGGUUGGUUAAUUUUCACCCGUUUAUUGAAGCAAGUAAAGGAACUCGGCCAAUACCUAUCGAGCACCCGUCUCCGAUGGACCGUGCAAGGUGCUUGGGUGAGAGUCACGAAGCUUUAAAUAAUACCAACCUCAACUUCCUCAUCGGGAAUUUGACGGCGACUUCCGGGUUCGACUUGAAGACCACUCGAGUUUCUCACGAUCCAUAUUGGGAAGAGUGUGACAUGGAACCUCCAUUGGUUGUUACAGAUUGGGCAUUGGUCUCUACAAAGUAUCAGCAGGCCAACAUGCUCCGAAAGUUCCCUACUACCAACCAGAAGCAAGAGACUCCAAUAAUCUCGAUGAGCUCAAUCGUGCCCGGAGCGACGGUGUACUCAACAGGGCGUACCUCGGGUUUCCAGAGAGGCCAGGUCUGCGACAUACCUGCGUAUGUCGACGGUGUAGGAAAUGGUACAGGAAAGGCAUCUCGGGAAUGGUACGUAGAAGAACCUGACCCUUACGACGACGAAGAAUCCUGGAUUCGUGGUGGUAUAGGGAUUGAAGGUGAUAGCGGUGCCGUGAUUAUCGAUUCCGAAACUAAUGCUAUGAUCGGCCAGCUUUGGGGGCGAAACAAAUACUACGGUCCCGGACCGCGACACACUUUCUUUACGCCUAUAUACGACAUCUUAGACGACAUCCGAGAGCGGUGUGGCGAGGAGAGACGGCCUCAGCUGCCUACAUACCGCGAUGAGGCAGAAUGCUGGCCUGUUUAUCCGGUCUGUACGCAAUGUUUUAACCUUAGCGAAUACCUCGAAAGUCGGCGCAGUUCUCGGGAAUCGUUAAUGUCUAUGAUCGGGGCGCACGAUGCAAAAGCUGGGGAUAUUGACAAUGAGAUAGCAUCUGUAUCGGAGUUGGCAACACCAAGAGACGCGUCGAACGUAAUUCGCCACGUAGGACUCGAAGCAAUAAGUCCAUCGUUCAGCGGCGUAGUAUCUCCUGCACCAAUACAUGCCUUCGAUCCUAUUUCUCAGGGCCUAUCCCCAGGCAAUUCCGAGUUGAGAAGUCCCUAUGCGCAGAUCCUAAAAGACGACGAUCUCUACGAAAGGAGCCCUGAUACCAGUGGGGUUACAACAAAUAUAUUGCCAACGCCAAUGGCACGUACGCAUGGCCGACCACCAACCAAAAAGCGAAAAUUAGCAUAGCCGCUUACGGGAUGUGAUGGUUGUCGGCGAGGUACCCCUUUUCCAGGAUUUAGGUAUAUCUUUAAUCACUGAACAUGGCUACCUGAUCAUCCGGGAAGUCCCCCACGUGCCAUCUUCCUGGCACGUUGAUUGCGCCUGUUAUGAUUGGCUCUGGAGCCCUUGUUUGCUUCCUUACGUCUCCUAGCGCUUUCGGUAUCUUUAUCGCCAGAUGGACCGGCGACGUUUC